CCGCACUGUAACUACUGUAGGUAUCACAGAGGCAGUAUCUAAGAUUUUAGGUCAUGUCCUGUUUGUACAGGAGGAUUGGUAUGACAAGAAAAUUGAAAUGUGUUGUUUUGUUUGGUGAAGUACAUAAAACAAGUUCGUCAGCCACCGCUACAUGUUGUACAGACCACUACCAUUGUGAACAACCGAAAACAUCUAUCAGAGAUUUGAAAAAUGGAGCGACUUUUCCUUCCUCUGAACACAAGCCAUUUAUUUUGGUUGUUCCUAGGCAGUUUCACUCUCAGAGUGCAAAUAAACAGUGCUGUAGGAAGACUCCGGGUGUGACUGUGCAAAUGAAUGCUGACCUCAAGGCGACAGACACUAAAUGUGAUCAUGUUCACCUUUACAAACGUCUGCAGCUGUGUAAGACUUGUUUGUUUCAACAAUUACCUUUAAUCUCAACAGCAACUUUACAAACAUGCAUCAUGCCAGAAAAUUCUUGUACAUGUAUGUUGUCCAUUUUAGCCAGACACAAAUCUCAUUCAAAACAUGCUUGUGUUAAACACUGGCCCCAACAUGUGUUUAAGAACCAUUUCUGUGAUUUGUUGUUUAGUAGACACAGCCUGACAAAUAGUUUACUUGCGCGUCAUGCGUGGCACACUGCCGUCGUCCCUGUGAGACGCUUCACCAAGACUGUGGAGGUGAAGGAAGAGCAGGUGGUCACACCACUCGACAUUCAGAAGUUCUUGGCAGCCUCGGGGAUGAAGUUUGAACAAGGAUACACAUGUUUUAUAUCGUCAUGUCCAAAGAUUUCCAAACUGAAGGGGAAGGAUAGCAACAAGCAGAAACUCUACAUUAAUAUGACCACAGGUCACUUUCUGUGUGAGCACUGUGACCGGCUCGGGGGCUGGCAGGAGUUGAUGGACAAUGUGUUGCUGCUCGGGAAGCACAAGAGAAAGAAGGACUAUGAGUGUUUCAAGGACGUCGACUCAGUUCAAAAACUUGACCUGGAUUCAAGACAGGUGGGGGAUCUUUGGAUGAGAGGCAAGCCAGUUGCAGAUCUGAGUGAUGAUGAUUUUAACAAGCUUGUUGAUGACUUCAAUUGUGAGAAACUCACCGUUUCCACAAUGAAUAAAUACCGUGUGCGCUAUGAUAUGACAUCUCUGUCACUGCUGUUUCCUGUCUACAACAGGCAGUGUUCAGUGGCUGGAAUGAAAAGACUUCUGCUUAAAAUCUCUGAUGAUGAAGUCAUUAAAACUACCAAAGAUGUUCUUCCCCGAUCUGGGCCUAUUGGACUGUUUGGAUGGAACACAAUAUCUCCAGACAUUACUACUGUUGUCAUGACAACCAGUAUGAUUGAUGCUAUGACUGUGUAUCAGGAAAUCAAAGUCCAUGCUGUUGCUUUACCUAAAGGCUUCAGUGUUCUUCCUCAGGAGUUACUUCCCAGUCUCGAACAGUUUAAAAAGAUAAUUCUGUGGUUUGGUGAUGACAUUCGGGCAUGGGAGGCAGCCAAGCAGUUUGCGAAGAAGCUAGGAAACAAACGCUGCUUUGUCAUCAGACCAAGCUCGGAUGACCCGAGUCCGUACAAAGCCCUGUGCAAGGGCCAGAGAUUGAAGAGCAUUCUAGACAAAGCGAAGCCAAUUGGCCACAAGUCCAUUGUGUCUUUCUCUCAGCUCAGGCAGGAGAUCUUCUCAGAGUUGGCUCACGUGGAACAGGUCGCUGGGGUUAAGUGGAAGCGGUUUCCCGCUCUGAAUCGCAUACUGAAGGGUCAUCGCCGAGGAGAGCUGACCGUGUUCACUGGACCGACUGGAUCGGGGAAGACAACAUUCAUUAGUGAUUAUUCUUUAGAUCUCUGUACACAAGGGGUGAAUACUCUGUGGGGAAGUUUUGAGAUCAACAAUGUUAGAUUAGGAAAGAUGAUGCUCACCCAGUUUGCCAGAUUGAAUUUAUCAAAACAUCUAAACCAGUUUGACAAGUGGGCCAACUUGUUUGAAGAUCUUCCAAUGUACUUCAUGACCUUCCACGGCCAGGAAAACAUCCGCAAUGUUGUCGAGACGAUGUCCCAUGCUGUGUAUGUACAUGACAUUGUCCAUGUUGUCGUUGAUAACCUGCAGUUCAUGAUGGGCACCAAUGAAGAGUAUGUUGACAAGUUUACCAAACAAGAUAUGAUUGUUUCAGCUUUUAGAAAGUUUGCAACAAAGAUGAACUGCCACGUCACUCUCGUAAUUCACCCAAGAAAGGAGAAGGAAGCCGAUGACUUGACAACAGCUUCAAUAUUUGGCAGUGCCAAGGCGAGUCAGGAAGCAGACAAUGUUCUUAUUCUACAAGACAAACGCCUUCAGUCUUUGAGGGGAAACAAGUAUCUACAGAUAACAAAGAAUCGUUUUGAUGGUGAACUUGGCGUCAUGCUGCUGAAGUUUGACAAAGAUGCAAAGGGUUUUUAUAGUAAAGACAAACUAAGUAAAAGAGAAGAGAGUGAAAAACAGGAAGAAAAAAAGGAGGAAAAGACAAGUGGAGAAGUGAAACAAGAAGUACAAAUUAAAGACAUUGGUGAUGAAUGGUUUACAAAGACGUGAUCAACAUGGUGUUUACAAUUAACGUGGAGACACAAAUAGUGAUUUGGAAAAACUAGGGGUGAGGGUUAUUCUGGAAGGGGAGUAUUUAAUUUUAUACAAUAUGAUUUAAACUGUGAAACGGUUAAAGAAAGGAACAUUAAUUAUGCGAGCCGUCGAAGGAUUACAAUAUUAUUGAUAGCUUUCAACAUGUAUAAACCCCUCUCAUUUGGUCCACCGUGGUUUAUAUGUUGUAGACUAUAGUGAUUCCCAUUGGCAGUCAACACUGUAGAAAGUAGUUACACUCAUGUCACAUUAGUCUGCGCAUGUUAAUUAUGUUUCAUUACGUCUUGAAACAAUUGUUGGGGUAUGUUUGUAAACAAACAAACAAUGUUAAUUUAAUUCAUAAAAUAAUUGUUAAAACAUCACAUUUUGAUUGUCAAUAUAUGUAUAAAACUGAUAGAUAACAAUUUGAUUGAAAAAAAUUCAGAAUGAAUGUACUAAAAGUAUACUUUUGCCAGCCUCGAUCAGUGUUUUUUAUCACCUGUCAACACGUGUCUGUCACUGCUGUAAUGAUUAACCUUGUAUAUCAACUUACACAAGUUUACACAGAAACUUCAAUACAUACCUUAUUGUAAUUUAUGAAUCCAUAAAUGAAAUCAAUCUUUUAUUUUAUCUGUUAACGUAAACAUGGAAGCAUAUUUUGAAUUUUCCUCCGAGUGACACAACACAACCAAUAUGGCUGCCUAUAAAGUUUACAGCAUGACUUAUUUUUAGCUAUAGUCUGUUUCAUAAUUAUCAUCGAUUGUCCUAUAUCUUUAAUAAACACUUUUUGUGCUCA